UUGGGGUUUUGGACCAUCCGCUCCUCCCCAACCCCAUCAUCCAAAACCCCACUUCCUCCUCUCCUUAUCCUCUCUCUCUCUCUCUCUCUCGCCCACCAUGACCGCAGCUCCGGCCUUCAAGCCCUUAUCCAUGGGGGAUCGCUGCCUCCCCUCCCUCCGCACACUUUUCUCCUCCAAACCCUCGAACCCUUUCCUCCUCCCCCCACUUUCCAAGCCCCUCCGUCUCCUCCAUGUCUCCUUCUCCUCGCCCGCUGCCUCCCUUCCCACAUUCCUUUCCACCCGAAAGAAGCUUUCUUUGAUCCCCCGCGUGGCCCAGACCUCCGACUGGGCCAGGCAGGAGGAGGAGAACGAGGUCGAGAGCGAAGAUUUCGGCUUGGAAGGCGAGGAGGAGGGGGAGGGGCCGGAAGCUGGGCUCUCCGAGUUGGAGGGAGAGGAGGAGCUGACGGAUGAGGGUGGAGUCGCCCUCGCCGAGGGAGAGCCCGAAGGGGACGAGGAGUACGUGGAGGAGGGUGGAGUCGUCGUCGCCGAGGGAGAGCCCGAAGGGGACGAGGAGUACGUGGAGGAGGGUGGAGUCGUCGUCGCCGAGGGAGAUCCGGAAGGGGAGGAUGAGUACGUGGAGGAGGAGGGAGGAGAGGAGCCGUAUCCCGAGCCGCCUGAGGAGGCCAAGCUCUUCGUCGGGAAUCUCCCUUACGACAUCGACAGCGAGAAGCUCGCCCACCUUUUCGACCAGGCUGGUAUCGUGGAAGUCGCCGAGGUUAUAUAUAAUAGGGAGACAGAUCAGAGUCGUGGGUUUGGGUUUGUCACUAUGAGCUCUAUUGAAGAAGCUGAGAAAGCUGUGGAGACUUUCCAUCGUUAUGAACUAAAUGGCAGAUCGCUGACUGUAAACAAGGCAGCUCCUAGAGGUACUCGUGUAGAGAGAGCUCCCCGAGAGUUUGAACCUUCUUUCAGGGUCUAUGUUGGCAAUCUGCCAUGGCAAGUGGAUGAUGCCCGCUUGGAACAAGUGUUUAGUGAACACGGUAAAGUGAUCGAUGCAAGGGUGGUGUAUGACAGAGAGACUGGUCGUUCACGUGGAUUUGGUUUCGUGACUAUGUCAUCCAAGAACGAAUUAGAUGAUGCAAUUGCUGCUCUUGAUGGCCAGAGUUUGGAUGGUCGGGCACUAAGAGUGAAUGUUGCUGAAGAAAGGCCGCGUCGUGGCUCAUUUUGAUGUUGAAGAAGCAAAGGAGCAUUUACGGAUUCUUGAAAGUCACAGUAAGUGCUUUUAUUAAGGAAAUUUAAUUUGGUAGUUUAUGCUGUAGGGGAAUUUUUGUAUGCUUUUUUGUUGAUUAGGACUGUUUGGGUCUUCAUUGCUUCGUUCAUGUUGGUGGUGUUAUAAUGGCAACAUCCCUGCCCCAUGAUGAUUAAUCUUGCUCGAACAAAUUUCUUACUUGUAAACUAUACAAAGGUGGAGACUCAAAAUUGCCCAAAAGAGUGGAUCCACUGUUUACUCAAUGUUCUGUGAUGCUAGUAUGAACUUCUACUCUAUAUGCCUUUCCUCAGAAAAACUCUUCCUUAUAUAUGCCAAACAAAUGAAUAAGCAGGUUGAGAUC